ACAUCACAGGCUGUGAUUGGACAGAAUCACUUGGCUUGUGUGACAUCAGCUGUGACGUCGGCAGGCCUGCGUGCAGCCGUAACCGGUGUAAAGAAGAUGGUGCUCAUCAAGGAAUAUCGUGUGGUCUUACCAUGCUCGGUGGAAGAGUAUCAAGUCGGGCAGCUUUUCUCGGUGGCUGAGGCCAGUAAAAACGAGACGGGUGGUGGAGAGGGCAUUGAAGUGCUGAAGAAUGAACUGUAUGAGAACGAGGGCGAGAAGGGACAAUACACACACAAAAUCUACCAUUUAAAGAGUAAAGUGCCGGGCUUUGUGAAGAUGAUCGCACCAGAGGGGGCGUUAGUUUUCCACGAAAAGGCCUGGAAUGCUUAUCCAUACUGCCGCACAAUUGUGACUAACGAAUACAUGAAAGAUGAUUUCAUGAUUAAAAUAGAAACGUGGCACAAACCUGACACGGGCUCUGUAGAGAAUGUACAUGAUCUGGACCCAACCACAUGGAAGACAGUGGAGGUCGUGCAUAUCGAUAUAGCUGAUCGGUCUCAGGUUGAACCUGGAGAUUAUAAACCACAAGAGGACCCAGAAAUCUUCCACUCAGAGAAAACAGGCCGAGGACCUUUAGGACCAGACUGGAAAAAAGAGCUCUUGGCUAAGCCAGACGCCCCUCGUAUGUGUGCGUACAAACUAGUCACUGUCAAGUUCAAGUGGUGGGGCCUUCAAACCAAAAUAGAAAACUUCAUCCACAAGCAAGAGAAGAGAAUCUUCACCAACUUCCACCGUCAGCUCUUCUGUUGGAUUGACAACUGGGUGGAGCUCACCAUGGAGGACAUCCGCAGGAUGGAGGCGGAGACGCAGCGAGAGCUGGAAGAGAUGCGUCAAAAGGGAACCGUACGAGGCACAACAGCAGCCGAAGAGUAGCCGAAUCCUUUUUAGUAACACAAGGCAGGUGGAGAGACUCCCUUCGUAAAACUGGUCAGGUUCGAGGCACCAGUGCUGCUCACGAACACUGAGGCAAAACUACAAGAAUCCAACCAUGAUGACGCUUGACGAAAGACAUCAACGCAUCCAACAAACCGGCCAGCGGCGGCGCCGUCGUCGUCGUCCUCCACCAGACAGCAGAAUGACACAAUGAUCAGUAGUACUGGACAGGGUGGACACACAAUUUUGCGCUGGACAAGACUUGACCUGUUUUCUAGAUUCAGGCAGGUUGAUCCAGUGACUAUUACCACUUUGUUAGGACGUUUAGAAAAUAUCAGAGUAUUGCUGUAUGGUUGUGUUAUUCUAUUUCAGAAAAAAUCGACUUAAUUUUGGCAGGUAUCGGACCAAUUAUUUGUUUGUUUUUGUUUGGUUAUAUCUGUUCGUAAUGGAUCAGAUCUUUUCUUUCUUGUCUGUGUUUAGUUUCCCCGCUGCAGAUGAAGCACUUCUUUUUGGUUCCUUUAACUUCCUUAAUUAAUUUUAAAAGGGUUUUUAAUUUGUCGUAUCAGCGUAGUCCUGCCUAUCAUGUCUUGUUUUUCUAGGGAAAAUGUGUGAUGCUACUUGCACGGCAUGCACAUUUGUGCGCAAAAACACACGUCCACCUCACAGAAUUUAUUUAUUUAUUUCUGCGAGUGGCUUUUGCAUGAGCUCAGGCUGUUUUUGAGAGGGUCUCCAUGUUCUCCGAGACCAUGUGACGCAACCCCCCCCCUCAGGACUCUUCAGAUGAACAUGGUUCUCCUCUCCAAAAUCCAGACUAAUUACCGGAGCAAAUCGCUGCUGCUUUUUUAUUUUUAGAGUGGCUUUAGGACAGGCGAAGUGCUUUUAUAUCGCUAAUCUACCUGUAACGCUCUCAGGGUUCCCACGGUCACAGAAAACCUGGAGAUAUCAGGGAAAUGUUGUGAUUUCCAGGCCUGGAAAAGUCUCGGUCCCGGUUCAUUACAUGUGUGCAUGCAGAGAAUAAUUUCAUUUAGUCCCUCGGUGCUUUUAAAAAAAGCACAAAUCGCAGUUGCAAUGCACGUAAACCAGGCCAAAAAUGGUCGUUUUUUUUGAGGUGUAACUACUUUUCCAGGUGGAUGAAUCUCUGGUUACUGACAUGAUGCUUUGCUGAUCCUUCUCUGCAAUCCUUGCGCAUAUUAUGCAAAUAUUACUGGUGUUGUCAUGACAACAAAUUUAAAUUAGCUGUCACUACACAGGCACAGUCGGUAAGAGAUUCUAUUGCAGAAGACUCAUGUUUGUGCCUGCAAUUUUUUUUUUUUUUUUUUAUGUACUUGAAUCUUUGAGUGGCCCUGAAUACUUGUAUUAUUAAAUGCAUUACUGUAAUUGCAUUUUUUGCAAGGGACAAACUGAAAUUUUCUCUGAUCAGUAUUAUGCCACAUGCUGUCAUCAGAACUUUUCUUUAAUGAAAUGCAAGGCAUAGAUACAGUAAGUGGCCAAAACUGAUGUCCAGCAUAGGAAAAUUGACAUCUUCACCCUUUUAUAUUAUAAAAAUAAGUUAAAGAUUUUGUAAUCAUAUUUCACAGUUGUACUUGGAGUCGAUUUGUGAUGAUAACGCAAUGAAACAUGACAAUUUUUGUCCAGGCUGUCAUACAAAGAAAUU